AUGGAUGAUUCAGAGAACCAAACGUCUAGGGAAAAAGCACAAUUAUGUUAUGGAAUAGUUGGGAAUAUUCCGAAAGAAUUUCACUCGGCUGACUUGAGGGCGAUGUUUACGGACUUCAUCAACGACGAAACUUGGGGAUUUAGAUGUUUUCAUUUUCGACAUCGACCUGAAAUUAGACAAGAUGUGACUUUGAAUGAUGGUGACGGAGAAGUUCAAACGUCAAAUACUACAUGUUGUGUUGUGUUAGUGCUGAAUGAAAAAUUAGAGGAGUUGAUAAAGCGUUAUCGUGGCAAAAACUGGGUUGACCGAAAUGGCAAAUACUUUCCAUCCAAAGCAGUUAUAUCAAAGAUAAGCAUCAAAACAGGACAAGGUUUGUAAUUCCUACGUUGUAUUUAAUUACGCUUUUUAUACUACUACAUGAGAAAUUUCGGCAAUUUGAUUGGCUUAGAGCAGUGGUAUUUCAGCUUAAUUUGAAACACCCUAAAUGUGAAAAUUAAAAACCUUUGCAGGUAGUAGUAUAAACAAAUAAUAGCAUGCUUUGUACGUGAUAUUUGGCAUAAAUACCACUCGUGAUAUUUCAAAAUUGUCUCAAAUUUCUCUCGCCUAACGGCUCGGGAAAUUACAUAUAGCAAUUUCGAAAUAUUACUCGUGGUAUUUAUGCCAAAUAUCACUACAAAUCAUGCUAUUACCUAUACAAAUUUGCAAGAUACACUAAAUUUGAGAUUUCGUAUUUUAAGAAAAAAAUUAAAACAGAUCAUAGAAUAAGAGUUUUCUUCUCGUAAAUUCAAACUGCCUGUAUAAAUUGCAGAUAAAAGACUUCUUAUCCUAUGAUUUGUUUUAAAUUUACUCAAAAUAAGAAAAGUUUUUCUUAAAUUGAGAGAUUCGGAGCAGUCUCGAAUUUAGAGUUGUAAAAAUUCUCCAGGUUUAAAUCAUAUAAAUUAGUGUGAGUGUUGUUGCAAUUGAAGACUAACCUAAAGCCCCUCUAUGGGUACCUACAGAUAUUGUUUUGUUGUGCGUUUAUCAUCAAAACAUCAGUUUUUCAAAGAAAUCGUUGCAUAUCAAGAUAAGGUUUUUAAGCAGCUGUGAGGAACUACCACGACAACAACGAAAUGAAGAAACAGAAAAGGGACAGGUUUAGCAAAAUCUCAGAAUGUGCAUCACAUUUUUUGGUAUAUUUGUCUGCUGUCACUGCAUGACCAAUGUUGUCUAAUUUGGUUGAAUGGCAAUGUGAUCAUCCCUUCAAUUCUGAGAUGGUUGUGUCAUCAAUUGAGUUAGCGAUUGUCGCGGCUUUGAUUUCAUCAGAAAUACCCAUACAGAGUCUCAACCUUAAUAAGAGCAACUACAUUUCCUAGUCUAAGUGACCACCUAUGCAAAAUAACAAAAAUUAGUUUUUCCACUCAAAGCAAUUUAUUGGGACCUCUCAUGACCACCCCCCAUAAUAACAGACACCAACUUUGUGCCCUGAUUAAUGGACGUCUAAGAAUCUUUUGAUAACUUUGGAACAUCGCUUAAGAUUUUUUGAGAUUUUCCAGUCUUUGUCGAGGAGGAUCUGAUGACUUUUGAACACCAUGGGAGAUGUUCCAACGACCUCUGAGGGUUACAGAAUAAUAAACAGCAAAACACUGAUUAUUUUCCCAUUAACGCAUCAGUGAACAAGUAGAGAGAUUUAUGAGUGAGGUGUGAGACAUUGUCCUGUAUGUGAGAAAUCAAUGUUUUUGAUGUGUAGAUGUGAGUUUUGUACAUAAUGCUUAAGAGUUGUCUGGUGGAAAGUUGAAUUGAAACACAUAGAAGAGAGCGUUAUCAUAUCAGGACAGGGUAGAGAUCAUUAUGCUCCUGUAGAGUUACAAAGAAGAAAACAAAAAACAGCAAGAUUUAUGCGUACCAGCUAGAAACCAUCCCAAAUGUAUAAUACACAAUUGUCUUGGUUUGCACAUCAUUGAAGAUAUCUAGAAUGUAAUAAAUUGAUCCAUCCUGCUGAUUGCCUCCUUUUGAUUGGAUGUCGUUAAACAAAUGGUUAAACAAUAACCAAUGAAAAGUAGACUAGGUGAGUAUUUUUAAUCGAUUAUUGUUUAUCAACAUCCAAUUAAAAAGAGACAAUCAGCAGGAUGGUUGAUUUAUAUACAUGUGUAGCGAUAUAUCACUAUAGAUGAAGCAAAUGGUAAAUCCUGUGCAUUUACUAUAAAACAACAAUCGGUUACAGAAACAGAUUGUGUGGGUGCCCUGUGGUAUCAUUUACACAUUCCUAUCACUGAUAUAACUAAGUGCCAUUUUAUAGAGAGAACUUGGUCGCCAUUAUCCGGCCAUCUUGACCUCAUGCUUAAUGCAUGCUCACUACAUGUAUCUUUCUUAUUGCAGACACCAGUGAGGACAUUCUGUAUAAAACAAAACAGGAAAAAAGAGUGCAUUCCUUCACAAGGACAAACUUAGAAUUUUCAAAGCAUGACCUUAAGGAACUACCAGAGCUUCAUCCACCUCCUUUGAUGCCUAAUGGGAAUGUUGGAACACCUUUGUUGGUAUUUAAGGAGUUAAUAAGAGCUUGCAAGCUACCACCUUGUGUAAUUAAAAAACUGAAUUUGAAUGUUUCUAUUGCUAAAUCUAAAAAGAAAUACAGCAAUGUUCCUUUUGAUUACAAGUCUUUGGAGAAGGGAAGUUCUAGUUCUGUUAGUGAAAAAGGAAAAGUAAAUGGAUUGAAGAAAAACAAAGCAUCAACAUCAAAUGUGGAUGCCACAGGAAGUAGAAGCUCUGAUCAAGGUAACAAUAGCUGUAAUUCUGAAACUGAAGAGAAUGAACAUACUGCUGAAACUGACCAAGAUUUUAAUCGCAAAAGAUCAAUUGAUGAUGAUGAUAAUGAUGAUGAUGAAAGUAAUGUUGAGCAUAAUGAUGAUGAUGAUCUGCCAGAAGAGUGGGACAGACAUGAAUCAUUGCACAAUGAUGUCACGAGUCAAGAUCGAACAAAAGAGAGGCUUUUUGAAGAAGAAAUUGAGCUCAAGUGGGAGAAGGGAGGCAGUGGUCUUGUGUUUUACACCGAUGCAGCUUUCUGGAAGCAACAGGAGGAAGCAGACUUUGAUGAAGAAACUGCUGAUGAUUGGGAUGUAGACAUGGAAAUAUAUGAAAACCCAGGUGGGUAUAUGCACUAACAAGUCAAAAAAUGUAUCAUUCUUGCAACUACAAUUAAUUUCAUUCUGUUGAUAUAAUAAAGUUUUUGGAGAGGGAUGUAUUUUUCUCAUUAUUUUGAUUCCAGCACAAUUCCAUUCACUUCUGUAAAUAAUAAAAAUAUGAUAACAUAAUUUUUUGUAAAAAGGAGCUUGUACUGAAGAAGGGAAACAGGCAAUGCUGCCAAUACAUUUCUUAGUAGUAGUGCCAGCUAUUAACCUCGGAACAAUUUUGUUUGAUGGGGGAAUGUUGCAUUAAGACAUGAGUCACUCCAACUUUUUUCCAGUUAUCCCUUAUUUGACAGAAGAAAACAAAUUUGAUUACGAAAAAAAGCUCACAGCUAACCAGCCCUCCGUUGUGGUUUUUAUAAGUUGUGCUUCACAGUUCAGGUAAAAAUAUUUUCUCUACACACAGAUGGUGGUGACAAAGACUCACGCGAUCUUCUAAGGAUGAGAUUAGAAGGGCAGUGGAAGAAAGGCAAUGACAUAACACUCAAUAAAAUUGGUGGAUUUGAGAAAUAUACCCGUGGGUUUGGUGGCCGGUUGAUGAGAAAACUAGGCUGGAAGGAAGGUGGAAGCCUUGGUUCUUCUCAGGUGGGAGUAACAGAGCCUGUUGUUGCAGAUGGACAAUUGCCGAAAUGUAAAAGAGGCCUUGGGUAUUAUGGUGAAAAGCUAGAACGACAUGUGAAGCGACCAAAGGCUGAAAGGAAUGUAAUAAUAUCAACUAUUUAUGAUGAACCAGACAGGGAGGAAGUGAAUCUGUUUGAGUCCUGGGGACCUGAUAAACUGAAGUAUGUCAGCAAUGUGGAUUUCAUACGUGGGAAAACUUGCCCAGCAGAAGAUGACAAAAUGUGACCACUUCUGGCCUUCUCCCAUUGUUCUCAAAAGAGAGAGGUGACAAUUAGUUUUUGCCUCAAAAAUUCCAAACUGAUCAUGUGAACUGUCCAGAAUAUGAUCAAGGGUACUGAUUGGUUACGUUUGGUAUACUGUAUAUUAUUACUAUAUUCUUUUUAACCCAUUAUGAAAACUAAAACUUUGGAAUUAUCGUUUGUAUAUUACGGGGGCCAAAGGUUGCAGUCAGAGUCAGUUGUUUUCCAAGACUUACUCAAUUUUGCUGUUGUAAUAUAUUAAAAGCGUAACACUUCUUUAGUAAUCAACAAGAAAAAAUGAAACUCAAACAAAGCGGCAUCUGACAACCAGACAGGACGAAAGUGGGUGUGAGCUUCACACCUAACUGAAUAAACCAUAGCGGUUAAGAAGAACAUGGCAA